UUCACUUUGGCAUUGCAGGGCUGAGAUUUGAAAAUGCUUUCAUACACCAAGACUUUAGAAUACCACUCAGAUAUAUUUCACAGUGCUCCUUGCCACAAGCAGCUCAAUCCAGAACCAGCAGUAGCCACAGCAUAGGUAUCUUGGCAUAAGCUUUCCAAGCAUGUCUGAAGGCAAGACUUGCAAAGUCCGGGUGACUUUUGCUAUUAUUUUGAUUGGCGUCGCUUUAAUGUUUACAGCAGUGGUGACAGAUCAUUGGGCUGUGCUGAGUCCUAAGGUAGAGGAGUACAAUGCUACCUGCGAGGCAGCUCAUUUUGGGCUGUGGCGGAUCUGUACAAAACGGAUCUUCAUGCAAGAAAAUAAGACGGACAAGGAGAAGGGUUGUGGGCCAAUAAGCCUACCAGGAGAACGCAACUGUUCGUAUUUCACACACUUUGUCUCAGGAGAGAGCACAGAGAUAUUUGAAGUAUCAACACAAAGAGAAUACAGCAUUUCUGCAGCUGCCAUUGCCAUCUUCAGUGUUGUCUUUUCCAUCAUUGGAACAAUUUGUGUCCUCUUAUCCUUCAGGAAAAAGAUGGAUUAUCUCCUGAAGCCAGCUUCUAUGUUUUACACCUUUUCAGGCUUGUGCAUUAUCAUAUCUGUGGAAGUCAUGAGGCAAUCUGUCAAAAGGAUGAUUGACAGUGAUUAUACUGUCUGGAUAGAGUACUACUACUCGUGGUCUUUCUCCUGUGCCUGCGCUUCUUUUGUCCUGCUCUUCAUCUGUGGGAUUGCUCUUCUGCUCAUCUCCUUGCCCCGUAUGCCCCAGAAUCCGUGGGAGACUUGUAUGGAUGCUGAGCCAGAGCAUUAAGCCACACCAGCUCAUAUUGCCACAUAAGUAACAUCCUAUCUGAACAUGCAUACAAAAAGGUCAGCUAUAUAUAGAUAUUAUAAGAGAACUCUGGGAGACAGUGUAGGAUGUCAGAAUAAUCUUUGGAUAACCCCCAUUUAUGGAAUCAAAGGAUAGUUUAAACACAAAGUAUCAUUAAUUUAAAAAAUAAAUAACAAAAAGUGUUAAGAUUACUGGCUCUGGCAACAUGUGCAAAUAAUUGUGCUCAACUACACUACCAAUUUGUAAUACUGCCCAAUGUAGUUGAAGAGUGGAUGGUAUUAAUCUAGUUGAAUGGCAAUGUGCGCUGAAGAGAGAUAUCAAUUUCAUCCAAUUUUUUACCCAAUUCCUCUUUUGUAAGGUUUGGGGGUCAGAAGCAAGAGAUAACAAAGCACAUUCUUGCUUUUGUGGGUAAACCUUAUUCUCCAUCUAUAUAACUGGAGGAAGACGUGAAUGGUGAAUGACUGUAAAUAAUGCUGCAACUAAUUUGUAGAAUAUAUGACAUCAUUAAGCUCAUUAUAAUAAAAAAGAUUUUGGAUAAUGUUAGGAUGGAAAAGUCUUCCUAAACACGACCACAUUGCUGUGUAA